AUGUAUGAAGCUUCAGGCCUUGCUCUUGAAGAUGAAAAGGGCCUUGUGAAGGUGAAAGAGGAAAAUCCCACACUGGAGCAGACAUAUGCUCUACAGGAGAGCAGCCCCCAUACUCAGGAGCGAUGUCGCUUGCACUUCCGAAAAUUCUGCUACCAUGAGGCUUCUGGGCCCCGGGAAGCUCUGGCCCAGCUCAGAGAACUUUGCCAUCAGUGGCUUAGGCCAGAGGUGCACACCAAAGAGCAGAUCCUGGAGCUGCUGGUGCUGGAGCAGCUCCUGACCAUCCUGCCGAAAGAACUUCAGACCUACAUGCAGAUAUAUCAUCUGGAGAGUGGAGAGGAAGCAGUGACAGCACUGGAGAAUCUAGAGACAGAGCAUGGAGACACAGGACAACAGGCUUCAGUCUACAUUAAAGAACAGGACAUGCAUCUAGCAGUGAAUGAACAUCAAGGAGACUCUUCAGAGCAACAGCACCUCCAGCUCCUACCUGGGACAACCAUCCUAAAGUGUGAACUUCCAGAUCUUCAUUUCCAAGAAGUGAGUGGCCCUGCUCCCCAAAGGCCAGCCCCUUUCGAGGAAGAAAACCCUGGAGACAAGGCAGCAGUGUUUGUGUGUAACCCAGUCAGGUCCCAGACACUGGUGAAGACUGAGGAAACAGCAUCCCAGGCCCAUGUCCCACAGGAGUGGCCACAACAGGGUCUGGCUCAGAGGAACCUCUGUGAGAACUCUGCUCAGGAGAAGAUUACAAACCUCAGUCUGAUGACUGAAGAAGUUGUGAGUAAAGAUGGAUUGUUUUCUGCAAAGGAAGAACCUUCUGAAGAAAUGAACCCAGGCGGGGAGAUAUCAGGGGUACCCAACAGAAAUUGUGUACCCCAGUUCUCUUGUAGUCCCUCUGUCCCUCCUGAAAGGACAGUUGCACAUUUGAACACUCUGAAGACCUGUCACCCAGGUGACUUGUGGGCCCGGAUGCACAUUUCAUCCUUGGAAUAUGCUGCAGGAGACAUUACUCGCAAAGGGAGAAAGAAGGACAAAGCUCGUGUGAGUGAACUGCUCCAAGGCCUAGCAUUUUCUGGUGACUCUGAUGUGGAGGAAGAUGAGCUAGAGACCCAGCCUACUCAAAAGAAGUUCAAGCAGUCAAGUGUCCCAGAGAAGAAAUGGGCCAAAAGAGACCUUAAACCCAGCUUCCCAAGCUGGUCAGCACUAGAUUCUGGACUUUUGAAUCUCAAGAAUGAAAAGUUGAACCCUGUUGAGCUCUUUGAAUUAUUUUUUGAUGAUUACACUUUCAACUUGAUUGUCAAGGAAACCAAUAAUUAUGCAUUUCAGAAAAAUGUCAACUUGGAAGUUACAGUUCAGGAAAUGAAGUGUGUAUUUGGCAUCCUGCUUUUGAGUGGAUUUGUGAGGCGUCCUAGAAGGGAUAUGUAUUGGGAAAUAUCUGAUGCAGAUCAAAAUCUGGUUAGAGAUGCAAUUAGAAGGGACAGAUUUGAAUUGAUUUUCUCAAACCUACACUUUGCAGAUAAUAACCACUUAGACCAACAAGAUAAGUUUACAAAAUUAAGGCCUCUCAUAAAGCAACUGAAUAAAAAUUUCCUCUUAUAUGCUCCCCUAGAAGAACACUAUUGCUUUGAUAAGUCCAUGUGUGAAUGCUUCGAUACUGACCAGUUCCUGAAUGGAAAGCCUAUUAGAAUUGGAUAUAAAAUCUGGUGUGGUACAACCACACAAGGCUAUCUGGUUUGGUUUGAACCCUAUCAAGAAGAAUCAACUGUGAAAGUUGAUAAGGAUCUUGAGCUUGGUGUAGGUGGGAAUCUAGUGAUGAGCUUUGCUGAUGCUCUUCUAGGGAAAGGCCAGUAUCCCUAUCACUUGUGUUUUGAUAGCUUCUAUACAAGUGUCAAAUUGGUGUCAGCUUUGAAGAAGAGAGGAUUGAGGGCAACAGGAGCAAUUCGUGAAAACAAGAUUGAAAAAAAUCCCCUUAUGAAUGCGGAACACAUGAAAAAAAUGAAGAAGGGAUCUUUUGAUUUCCGAGUGGAAGAAAAUGAUGAGAUAAUGUUGUGCAGUUGGCAUGGCGAUGGUGUCAUCAGUCUGUGCUCCAAUGCAGUAGGUAUAGAACCAGUGAAUGAAAUAAGUUUUUUUGCUGCUGCUGCUGCUGCUGAGAUCCUUCAGAUAAGCCAGCCCUCUAUAGUGAAAGUGUAUGAUGAAUGUAAAGGAGGCGUGACUAAAAUGGAUAAAAUAAUUUCCAAAUAUAGAGUAAGAAUAAGAAGCAAGAAAUGGUACUUAAUUUUGGUGAGCUACAUGAUUGAUGUAGCAAUGAGCAAUGCAUGGCAGCUACACAGAGUCUGUAACCCAGGCGCUUCUCUAGACCUCUUGGAUUUUCGGAGAUGUGUUGCACAUUUCUACUUGGAACACAAUGCUAAUAAAAUGGACACAAGACUUGUAACAAGUUACAAAAAAGUAGUAACUACACAUUAG